UCCACCCCCGGGGCGGCUGGCCUCUGCGCUCCCAGUAUAAAGAGGAGCGGGGCGAGGCGGCCCCUCGGAAGGGGAACCCGAAGGCGCCAGUCUCUCCGGCGCAACCCGCACGCUGGGCGGAGCCCCAUGGAUCUCUACCCCACCCAGCAUCCAGCCCACGGGGGGGGCCUGGCCCCGCCGGAGGGCCGCUUCCCCGGCAACUUCCCCACAGCCAGGAGCGAAGUGGCCGGAGGUGGCUGCCCUUCCCUGUCCCCGGAUCUCAGCCCGCCCGCCCCGUUCCCCCCGGACGCGGCUGAGCUGGUGCCUUCCAUCUCCCAGCGCAGGAAAAGGACCAACUUCACCACGGCUCAGCUGGAGACGCUGGAGCUGGUCUUCAGCGACACCAUGUACCCCGAUAUCUACCUGCGGGAGAAGCUGGCGGCCAUGACCCAGAUCCCGGAGUCCAGGAUCCAGGUCUGGUUCCAGAACAGACGUGCCAAGUCCCGGCGGCAGCGAGGGAAACCUUGCAGCAGUCCGGGAGCCGCGGAGCCUUUCCCGGGCCACAAGGCUCCUGCCAAACAUGGAUAUCCACCGGUGGGCAUCCGGCAGCACCCCUCCCGCACAGAGCGGCACGGUUACUUCCAGGCCCCCGUGGGCCCUUCAGGGGCUGCCUGCGCUGCCCGGCCUCCUUUUCCCAGCAACCACGCAAGCACUAGCGUGAAGGCGCUGGAGGGUCAUCCACCGCAUUACGCGCUGUCGGGAGUAGCCCAGAUCAUUCAAAUAAAAGAAGAAAACGCGAGUCCGUACCAGUGGCCCUCCAACCUGCCCUUCCAGCCUGGGCUCGGGGUGGACUUUGAGAGCGUCCCUCCGAAUAGGACGGUCGGACCUGAAAUGAAUUUUCUAGUGCCCUCCCUGCCCCUUUCAGCUGGUGCGGGUAGACAUGGCGGUAUGGGGAAGCUGUGUGGUCCUCACUCCCAAACGCCUCAGACCACGUGUGGACAAUAUUCGCCCAUCUCUGAUGCAGAAGACACCAGCAGCUAUUCGGAGUCGGGCUCCGAGUGGGAAGAGAGCACCCUAAGUACCUUCCGAGGAAUCUGAAGGGACCAUUCAAGAUCCGCCGGGGGUAGGGGAAGGCAAAAGGAAACGUGUAAAAGUUAAUUUUUAAGCAACUUUUUGUAACCAUGGAGUUCUCGAAACGGCGAAUUUCGGGUGUAUCUUUUAGAGUGCUAGGAAUAAGUCUCGUAAGUCACAGGCCCCUUAUGAAAAGGGCAUUUAUUUGUAAGCUCAGGUGUCCGGCAAACAGAACUGCCAACCCACCACCUGGUGUAAUUUUAUCAGCCAGACAACCUCCACCUCAUCAAAAAUAUCCUACCUAGGAAAGGGAGUCAUAGCAAGAAUUAAGUCCGUGUUAGUGACAGGGAAACAAUUAGAAAGCAAGUUCUUAGUUUCCUUCUUUUUAAAUAACUUGUAUGUAUAAACAACACUUGUUUUUUGUCUGUAGCCUAAUAGACAAAGGGGAGCGACUAUCGCCCAACUCCACACCUUGUUAACACAAAGCCACACCUUGUUAACACAAGAGGUCACUGGUGAAACUAACCAAGAGGGAAGCUGGAGGUUACCGUAAUCCUAGAAAUGGCAUAAUACUUUAAACCCCAAUUCCCUCUCACCUCUCUUCCUAAAAGUUUCCUAGCAGCUAUUGAAUAACAUGUUGCUUUCACUGAACCCUAAGAGUUUCCUAAAACUCCUUUUGCUGCCUGACAGGAGGGAGGGAGUCACACCCAGGAUCACCGGUUUGUGUAAUAGAUGCAUGGAUGUACUGAGCCAUUGAAAGCUUCUAAAAUAAAGCGUCUUCGUAGAUCGCUGCACUGUAAUUUAAUCACAAGGUUUUAGAGUUGCACUAUUAAGAGCCAUAUAAGAAUAUGACUGCCUAGUUUGGUGUAAAUAUGACUACAGCUGUGUGUGGGCUAGGGUUAGUAAAGGCAUAAACAGGGGUGGAGGGAGGGAAAGUACCAUGUGCAAUGUUCUCUUAUUUGUAAUUAAAUGAAGCUUAUCUUAAAUGUGUAAAACUUUAGAUUUUUGCAUAGUUAAGAAUACACCCAAUAUCACAAAUGUUAGAGCGUACAGAAAACCCAGUAUUUCUGGGCAGUUUGCCCCCUCCUACCCCCUUGAGACAUACAAGUGUCAUUUGAAUACAGUGAAAGUGUGUAUGGCAAAAAUUACCAUGAUGGAUACAAAACUCUCAAAACAUCCUCUCGAGGAUGAAAUUAAGUGCAAUAGUAAAACUUUAAUGUUACCUAUUUAUUUUAAGUAAGGUGUGUGUGUCUUGUAAAACUGCCUUCAGAUGAAAAUACAGCUUGGCUUUUAAAAUAAGAACAGACUAUGAUACUCAGUUGACCUAGCAAGGAAGAUAAACUGGCUAGCUUUUUUAAAAUUCUACUAGCUUAUUUAUUUUUGCAUCUUCAUUUAACCUUGUGUAAAAGAAUUAGGAAACUCCUGGUUCUAUGUUUUGGAAAACC